AUGAAAUUGGUUCAUUUUGAUAACGUUUAAGUUUUCUUAAAUGAGAUUCUUAAAUUCUUUCUCAAAAUAUUGUCUGAAGAAUAGACGUAAAACUUGCUAUUGUUAAAAGCAGCAUGUUAUUAAGAUUGGCUUAAUUGAAUGAGAUCAAGACAAGCUGACGAUCGUUUUGGUGAGGCGAAAACAGAGAAUAAAUAAAAUAGAGAAUAAUAUUAAAGCAUGGAAAACAAGGAAUCAAGACGUAAUCCAAAUCCAAGAGAAGGUGCUAACAUCGUAUCAGUAACUUUAUUUAAGUGGUUAUUUGGAACUUAUUACACCGGGUAUAAGAGAGAACUCGAAAUAUCUGAUCUUUACGCACCUUUAAAAGACCAUUCGAGUCACAACUUGGGAAAUCAGUUAUCAUGUUUAUGGCAGGAAGAGUGCGAUCGAUGUCAAAAGACAAAAAAGAAAUAUGCACCAAGUCUAUCAAAAACAUUAGUUAGGUGUUUUAGCUGUGAUAUCAUAUCUUUUGGUGUGUGUCUAGGAAUUCUUGAAUUAAUCAUAAGAAUUGCUCAACCUAUUAUAUUAGCGUACUUAUUAAGAUAUUUUAGUGGACAACAUGAUAUGGAAAAGUCCGAAGCGUUUAUUUGGGGAUCUGGUAUAGUGAUUGAAUUACUCCUUGAAUGCCUCACGUAUCAUCCAAUUAUGUAUGCUAUGAUGCACAUAGGUAUGAAAAUAAGAGUUGCCUGUUGCUCUCUUAUUUAUAGGAAACUUUUAAAAAUUUCAAGAUCUGCACCUGAUAGCAAGACUAGCGUUGGUCAAAUAAUAAAUUUGCUGAGUAAUGACGUCAAUCGAUUAGAUUACUCAGUUCUAUCAUCACAUUAUUUAUGGAUAUCACCUAUUCAAACAGCAAUAAUAGCAUAUUUACUUUACAAAGAGGUCGAUAUGGCUGCAUCUCUAGGACUUUUCGCACUUUUGCUAUUCGUACCCAUUCUACUUGUGUACGGAAAACUUGUGUCGUAUUUUAUAACGAAGCUCGUAUGCAAGACAGAUGAACGUUUGAAACUGACGUAUGAAAUCAUAAAAGGUAUUAAAGUCAUUAAAAUGUAUGCUUGGGAGAAACCAUUUGCACUUCUUAUCAACAGAUCUCGAAAAAAAGAAGUAAAAGUUGUAAGAAAUAAUUUAGUGACAUCAGAAAUUUGUUGGUCUUUUGAUCUCUAUGUUCCUCGAAUUUGUAUAUUUUUAACAAUACUUGCCUAUGUCUUUUUCGGAAAUGAUAUUAACGCUGAAAAAGUUUAUAUGGUCACAGCUUACUAUAACAUUAUAAGAACAACUUUGUAUCUAAUGUUUCCACUAGCUAUCAAAGAACUGUCCGAAGCUUUAGUCUCUCUCAAACGUCUUCAGAUAUUUUUGAUGUCCAACGAAACUCAGAAUUUACUAAUAAAUAAAAAUUACGUAAAAUCACAGAUAUCAAAUAGUGAUGCAUUAUCUAUGAAAAAUGUCACCGUCAAAUGGAACUCGCGAUCAAAAUUUGAAGCUCUAAAACAACUCAACUUCCGAAUUAAACCCAAAUCCCUUACGGCAAUCAUAGGACAAGUAGGUGCUGGAAAGACAACAAUAUUUCAUACAAUAUUAUCAGAAGUUCCUUGGGCAACUGGACAAGUUGAGAUAAAUGGAAAAAUUUCAUACGCAUCUCAAGAAGCGUGGAUUUUUACUUCAUCUAUUAGGCAAAAUAUACUAUUCGGUAAACCAAUGAACAAAGAUCGUUAUGAUAAAGUUAUCGAUGUAUGUCAACUUAGACGAGAUUUACAAUUACUUCCAUGUGGUGACAACACCUUGGCAAGUGAAAAAGGAGCCAACUUAAGUGGUGGACAAUGCUCUCGUAUUAAUUUAGCUCGUGCUAUUUAUUACGAGGCAGACAUCUAUCUUUUGGAUGAUCCUCUUUCUGCAGUUGAUACACAUGUCAGCAAAGCCAUUUUCGAAGAAUGUAUUAAAACAUUUUUAAAGGAUAAGACCGUUGUCUUAAUCACUCACCAAUGUCACCUUUUAAAGCAUGUUGAUCACAUAAUUUACAUUGAAAAUGGUAAAACUUACAUAGAGGGAACAUAUUCAGAACUACUUGGUUCUGAGAUAGAUUUAAAGAAAAUGAUGCGGUUUGAAAAUGAGUCUGACGAAAUCCCCGAUAACGAUGAGAGAGCUGCUACAGAGGAUAGUGUGGCUUCUAAAUCAACAGACUUUUACCAAGAAGAAAAUGAAGAAUUGGAAAGUAGAACCUUAGGAAAAAUUAAAUUACAAACAUAUUCAAAAUAUCUUGCGGCAGCAGGUAGCAUCUUACUUGUAGCUUUCACUCUUUUAAUUUGUGUUGCUUGCCAAUUAGCGUCAACUGGCUCAGAUUAUUUUAUAACGUAUUGGGUUAAUAUGGAAGAAAAAGGAGCAAAUUUUACAAUAUUAGAAGAUGACGUGUUUAGAGGACGAAGCUGGUAUAUAUACGUAUAUGGCUCCAUUGUCAUUUUUACUGUGUUUAUUACUCUCAUUCAAUCAUGCAUAUUUUUUAACAUGUGUAUGAAGAUCUCAAAAAAUCUUCAUGCUUGGAUACUCAAAAGUAUAAUCCACGCUAAAAUGAGUUUUUUUAAUUCAAAUCCCGUUGGACGUAUUAUGAACAGAUUUUCAAAGGAUAUGGGUAUAAUUGAUACUCGACUUCCUCAAACUUUGAUGGAUGUUGUAACAAUUGGCUUGAAAACAAUAUCUGUCAUUAUUUUAGUUUUGAUUGUCAAUGUUUGGUUUAUUUUACCAGUAGUCUUCAUUUCUAUAACUGCAUAUCUCUUACGGAAGUUUUACAUAAAACCAUGUCGAAGUAUCAAAAGAUUGGAGGGAAUAACCCGAUCGCCAGUAUUCAAUCACGUUAGUGCAAGUAUACAAGGUCUCACAACUAUAAGAGCUUUGCAUGCUCAGAACAUAUUAACAAGAGAAUUCGACAACCAUCAAGACUUACAUUCAUCAGCAUGGUUCUUGUUUUUCUCUGGUUCAAGAGCAUUUGGAAUGUACAUCGAAAUGCUUACUGCAUUUUUUUUGGCGAUAGUUGUGUACUCUUUAUUGGCAAUACAUGAAAUCUCAUUGGCAGGAGAUGUUGGUCUCAUUGUAACUCAAAUACUUAUGCUAUCGGGAUCAUUGCAAUGGGGUAUUCGACAAACAACGGAACUAGAAAAUCAAAUGACGUCUGUGGAACGAAUUUUAGAAUAUGCAGAUAUUCCUCAAGAGCCUGUAUUAGACAAUAAUGUUGAAAGUAGACCCUUAGAUAAGUGGCCGAAAAAUGGGAAAAUUGAGUUUAAAAACGUUGAUUUGAUUUAUGAUCGCCAAAAUAAUCUAGCUCUUAUGAACUUGAAUUUUAUAGCUGAACCAGAUGAAAUGAUUGGCGUUGUAGGAAGAACUGGUGCAGGUAAAUCAUCAAUAAUAAGCGCCAUAUUCCGCUUAGUAGAUAUUAAGGGAGAAAUACUUAUUGAUGAUGUUCCUACGGAUCAAAUACCUCUACAAGACUUACGAUCAAGAAUUAGCAUUAUUCCUCAAGAACCAGUGCUUUUUGCUGGAAGUCUUCGAAAUAAUUUGGAUCCGUUUGAAGAGCACUCAGACCAUGUAUUGUGGCUAGCUUUAGAGGAUGUAGAGUUGAAACAAUGUCUUGAUUCAGACUUGGGUCUUGAUAUGUUGGUCAUGGAGGGAGGCUCAAAUUUCAGCGUUGGACAACGACAACUGCUUUGCUUAGCACGGGCUAUCAUUCGCAAUCAUAAAAUACUUAUUCUUGAUGAAGCCACUGCAAAUGUUGAUCCAGGAACUGACGAACUAAUUCAGAGAGCGAUUCGAAAAAAGUUAAAGAAUUGUACGGUAAUUGUUGUUGCUCAUCGUUUAAAUACGGUAAUAGACAGUGACAAAAUUCUUGUAAUGGAUGCUGGACAAGUAAAGGAAUUUGACCAUCCAUAUAUUUUACUGCAAAAAAAAGACGGAAUCUUCAGCAAUAUGGUAAAACAGACAGGAGCGUUUAUGGCUAAAAGUUUGCAUGACAUUGCGAAAUCUAAUUAUGAAAGUAAAAAUAAUUUCAUUACGACUCGACUAUGAGAAAUAACAUGUAUAUUACAUCUGAGCAACAUGUUACCAA